UUCACUGUCUCUGAACAGAUCGAGGCUGGUUUGUGUUAUCUCUCAGACAGCUAAUAUUUGGUUUCUUUGAGAUAGCAGGCAAAGAUUUGACAUCAUCGUGACAGAAACAGGCAUAUACCUUCAAAAGUUAUUGAAUGAAGUUUCUCAGUUCAGCUCAGUAAAGGAUCUUGAGCUUUACAAUCGCGGCUGAUUACAGUGAAUCUCACAGAUAUGGAGCCUCAGGUGCCCAAAGACAAAUAUAACGGCGUGUGGUUGAUUUUCUUCAUGCUGGGUUUGGGGACGCUUCUGCCGUGGAAUUUCUUCAUGACAGCCACUAUGUAUUUCACCAGUCGUCUCGCAGAUCCUCUCAGUGAAGCGAAUGUCUCUGUGAACGCGACUGAAGAAGACUCGCGGAGCGUCUUACAGGCCAAGUUUAAUAAUGUGAUGACGCUGUGUGCGAUGGUUCCUCUGCUGGUCUUCACCUGCCUCAACUCAGUGCUUCACCAGAGAAUCCCUCAGAAGAUCCGGAUCGCAGGAAGUCUGACGGCCAUUCUGCUGGUGUUCCUGCUCACCGCCAUCCUGGUGAAAGUAGAUUUGGAUCCGCUGGCGUUCUUCAUCAUCACCAUGAUUAAAAUCAUCUGCAUUAACUCGUUCGGAGCGGUUCUUCAGGGAAGUCUGUUUGGGAUGGCCGGUCUCCUGCCAGCGUCCUACACCACACCCAUCAUGAGCGGACAGGGGCUCGCAGGAACCUUCGCUGCUUUCGCCAUGAUCUGUGCCAUCGCCAGUGGUUCUGCUAUGCAUGACAGUGCUUUUGGAUACUUCAUCACAGCGUGUUUCGUUAUCUCUCUUGCAAUCGCAUCGUAUGCUGUUCUUCCUAGACUGGCGUUUUUUCAGUACUAUCAGGAGAGUCAGCAGAGCAAAGCAGAUGAGGACGAGGAGAACAAGAUGGAUCUGCUGAAGAAAGAUGAGCGGCCGAAGAGCGCUGGAGACGACGGCAAACAAACACCGUCCAUGCUGGCCAUCUUUAAGAAGAUCUGGGUUAUGGCCUUCUCUGUGUGCUUUGCCUUCGCCAUCACCAUCGGCACGUUUCCUGCGGUCACUGUGGACGUCAAAUCUACUGUUGCUGAUGGAGGACGGUGGGAGAUGUACUUCAUCCCAGUGUCUUGUUUCCUGUUGUUUAACGUGUUUGAUUGGCUGGGUCGCAGCCUUACAGCAGUCUGGACGUGGCCUGGGAAAGACAGUAAGCUGCUGCCGGGUCUGUUAGCGGCCCGUGUGAUUUUCGUCCCUCUCUUCAUGCUCUGUAAUGUCCAGCCUCGCCACAAUCUGCCCAUCUACUUCUCACACGACGGCUGGUUCAUCGGCUUCAUGAUCCUCUUUGCCUUUUCUAAUGGAUAUCUGGCCAGUCUGUGCAUGUGCUUCGGACCCAAGAAGGUGGAGGCGAGCGAGGCGGAGACGGCCGGAGCCAUCAUGGCCUUCUUCCUGUCUCUGGGUCUGGCUCUGGGAGCGUCUCUGUCGUUUGUGUUUCGAGCGCUCGUCUGAAGUCUCGUGGACAGAGAUGAGACUGAACGAGCCGCAGACAGAACACACUCAAAACAUCAUCAUCAUCAUCAUCAUCAUCAUCAGGACCUGAGCUUGAGCCCAAACCACACAGACUCACUCGUGCUGGAGGCUUGAAAUAUUAUAUUGCUCAAAAGUUUGGGCUCAGCAAGAUUUGUUUUGUUUUUAAAGAAUGUAAUGCUUU